ACCUUGUGGCUGUGGUAACUAGUGACGACCGUAUGAGUUUGACAGAUCGUGGAGCGGAGCUGACUGAGGUGAAAACCCAGAAAACUUUGGGAAUAACAAGCCCUUCUCCAUUCGACCAACAUACACGAGUAACCUUCAGGAUAUGAAACUAAUGAACAAAAAGACGACAAAGCUAGUAACAUUUUAAUUUGACAAAGUCCCACCUCGAGUUUGUCAAGUAGAAGAAACAAUGUUCCCGUGUUUUCGACGUUAAUGAACGUGGAAUAGAGCAGGCAAGGAACACCUCAUCAGGCGAAAGUCGGACUGUCCAGGAUCCAACUAGCUCAGCUACUGCUUGGAUCAGUUGUUUGCAUGCAGCAAAGGGCGGGAAUGGUGACACCAUGAUCGAGGGUGGCUGAGAGUCAGGGGAAGCCACACAGCGGCAUGGAGGGCACCAGGGCCACCAUCUUGGCGCCGGUCAGGAGCGAUGACCCUCGGCGGGAUCGGAAGCGGCGUGUCGGGGGUCCUGUAAGGAAGGGGGGUGUCUGCCAGAACAGGACAGCCUCCCCACAUGGGGAGUGCACCUCGGACGGAGAGAAGGAGCCGGAGUCAGCCUUGAAGGAACUGAAACCAAACCCGCUGUCAAAGGGGCUGGGCAAAUGGGAUACUGAGGGGGAGCGAGGAGCGGAGGUGUCGCCUGAGGGGGAGGACGUCCUUUGCUCCUGGGAAAUGGACUCUCAGGAUCAGGAGAAAGAGGAGGGGAAACAGAAGGGGAGUAGUAACAGCCAGAGCACCUCCAAUACGGAUAGCCCUGCCCCCUCCAGCAGCUGCACAGAUCUGUCCCAGACGUCGUCUCCAUCGCUGUCGGACCAGCUCUUCCUGGGUCGAGAGGAAGGGACGGGGGCCGGGAUCAACGUGGAAUGUCGGAUCUGUGGAGACAAAGCCUCGGGGUUCCACUACGGAGUACACGCCUGUGAAGGCUGCAAGGGCUUUUUCCGCCGGACCAUCCGUAUGAAGCUGGAGUACGAGCGCUGUGAGCGCAGCUGUAAGAUCCAGAAGAAGAGCAGGAACAAGUGCCAGUACUGCCGCUUCCAGAAGUGCCUGCUGCUGGGCAUGUCCCACGACGCGAUCCGGUACGGCCGCAUGCCGGAGGCGGAGAAGAGGAAGCUGGUGGCGGGCCUUCUGGCGGGAGAUACGGCCCCGACCACCAACCCCAACGGCUCGGACCUCAAAUCCCUGGCCAAGCGGGUCAACAACGCCUACCUGAAGAACCUCAACAUGACCAAGAAGAAAGCUCGCAGCAUCCUCACCGGCAAGAAUAGCUCCAGCCCGGUAGCGUAUCCAUAUCCCUUCGUGAUCCACGACAUGGACUCGUUGCACCAGGCUGAAAACGGGCUGGUGUGGAACCAGCUGAUUAACGGGACACCGCCCAACAAGGAGAUAGGGGUUCACGUGUUCUACCGCUGCCAGUGCACCACGGUGGAGACGGUCAGGGAGCUCACGGAGUUCGCCAAGAGCAUCCCCGGCUUUGUAGACCUCUUCCUCAACGACCAGGUGACGCUGUUGAAGUACGGCGUGCACGAGGCCAUCUUCGCCAUGCUUCCCUCGCUCAUGAACAAGGAUGGGCUGCUGGUGGCCAACGGGAAGGGCUUUGUGACCCGGGAGUUCCUGCGCAGUCUGCGGCGGCCCUUUAGCGAGAUCAUGGAGCCCAAGUUUGAGUUUGCCGUUAAGUUCAACGCCCUGGAGCUGGACGACAGUGACCUGGCCCUGUUUGUGGCCGCCAUCAUCCUCUGUGGAGACCGUCCGGGGCUGAUGAACAUCAAGCAGGUGGAGGAGAUUCAGGACAGCAUCCUGCAGGCCCUAGACCAGCACCUGCUGGGCAACCACGCUGACUCACAUUACCUCUUCCCCAAGCUGCUCAACAAGAUGGCCGACCUGCGCCAGCUGGUCACAGAGAACGCCAUGCUGGUCCAGAAGAUUAAGAAGACUGAGUCAGAGACCUCACUGCACCCGCUGCUGCAGGAGAUCUACAAGGACAUGUACUGACUGGACUGGACUGGUUUUAGCUUUCUACAACAGCGGUGCUGUUCACUCACUCCUGUUUCCUGUGAGUGGGAGUCACAGGGGGUGCAUGUUUUUUGUUCCAGCACUAACACACCCGGUUCAACUCCUCAGCCAAUCAAUCACGACCUUGAUCAGUUGAGUCAGGUGUGUCAGCGUUUUUAUUGUAACGUUUUUUGAAAUAAAAGCCUGAGGAAAACUGAUACCUGAAAUGGCAAUGUGCUGACUGGUGGGAGUUAUGACUAUGAAUAGAGCUGCACACUCUUGUUUCCGAUGCAAUUGAUUUCUAAAGAAUCACCAUAGUUUGGGCAGCAAACUGCCUUCAUCAGGGUCUCUUGACUGUCUGGACUGGACGGAAUGACAUUCUGAUUGGGAAUGGAGCAAUGGACUAAUACAAAGUAAUACACACCGUACCACAUAUUAAACGUGUGGAAGUGGUUGGGUGUCCCAAAUAUAUAUGUAUAUUAUAAAACCUGAUUUGAGCUGUUUCAAUACAUAAUUGAGGCUGUUGUAUGUCAGGCUUUUAACUGUGGUUGGAGAGGACUGAUACAGUUGACUGCUUGUAGUCUCCUGCUCUCAAUGUGGUGAAGGUGCAGAGGUAUUCCAGGAGAAUAGCAAACAGCUCCCCAACCAACGCCACAACAAAACCAAGACUACUUUUAUUUCCCCGCUUCUAUUUUUCGACCGAUGAUCAGCAUUGCUAUUUUUAUACAACAGAUUUUUGUAGUCUCUCCUGAGGAGUGUUUUUUUUACAACGGUCAACCCAUUCUUAACCCUGCAGUUCAGGAUCAUCAUCACACUGUUCUUCCAUUUUGUUUGUGCUACAAACUCUCUAAGAGGUUGUGAUGCUGAUAUUCAGAAAAAGGAUGGUUCUGCUUGCCUGUAGAAAUAAGAGGGUCGUCGGCAACCAUGGGCGUCCCCUUUCCCAUUCCUAAGGCCCUUACCCUGGGAUCAGCUAUCACCAAACCCCCUUAACUCUCCUUUCCUCAUAUGGAUACCUUCAGUACAAAUUCACACCCGGUUUUGAUUGAUAACUCACCCCCCCCCCCUUCGUGUCAUUCCCCCAGACACUGUCUGAUAGUAGGAGUUAAUAUUUGUACCUUCAAAGUUUUUAAUUCCCUCCAUGCCCCUGAGCCCCCUCCCCUCCUGUUAGACCAGGAAGUACAUGGACAUAGUCAGUCAGUCUCACUUCUCAAUGGACACAUAUAUAUAUAUAUAUAUAUAUACAUUUAUAGAUUCUUACAACCUCCUAACCUCAAUACCUUUCUUGUUUUGUGUACAACUGUUGGGUCUAAAACCAUGGGACAAUUCUGUGUUGUCAUACUGUGAAGGUUAACCUGACCCCGGGGUCUGUGUAAGAUGUUUCCAUGUAUGAUUUUACUUAUGUUUACGCUAGAUUACUUAUGUAUAAUUGAAGUAUUAUUUGUAUGUAUUUUUUCAGCCAGGCAGUGUUCUGUACCCUGAGCACUGUCGAUAAGCCAAACUCUGAAGCCGGUCUCGUGCUUCCCAGUCAAAACAGUUCACGCAUAUAUUACAACAUCAUGUGACGUUUUUGUUUUGUUGUUCGGCAGGGUUCUUUCCGGCUGUUCACGCACAAGUUUUUUUUUUUUUUUCUUGAGGCAAGUGUAAGUUCAGUAGCCGACGCCUAUGUCCCUUAGUCGGUGAUAGGUCAACAGUAGGGGUGGGAACUAUGAACCGGGUUGUUCAAAGAAGUAUAUGCUGUCAUUCAACGAGAGCGCAGCAGCAGCCAGGCCCUACUGUCUGCACUGCACCACUAGUUUUCAUGCACAUUAUUUCACUUGAUGUACUGCAUCAAACAUCUAAGACCUCCUCGGUGAAAACUUCAAUUUUUUUGGAGGAAGUGUUGGCUCAAGAGGGAUAAAUAACAGUAAUAUUGCCACUUUUUUUCUUGUUUUUCAAGAGAAGGUUUUAAGGGAGUACACAAGCACAAACAUACGCUUCACCUAGCCGAGUUCGACUGGGAGCAAACCGAAACCUAUGUAUGCGGCGGAUGCCUUAACAGUAAAAAUCUCAUAUGAUGAGCUUCCCACUCGUUCUUUCCCCCUCUUCUCAUUCUUCCACUGAGUAGGGUGUGAAAAAUUUGGCCAGCUGUCGGUCAGUCGCACAGUCUAACUAAAGACCAUUUUGUAAUACUUUAAGAGAAAUGGUUCCUCCUCCUUUAGUUGCUCCCCUCCUCCUUUCCAUCUUUCACUUCAGUCACUGGUCUGAAAGGCCUGAUCACAUGAAAGCAAUACAGAGAAGACUUCUGUGGGAAUUCCGCCAUAGACUUGACCUAUCCCUUCCUUUUUUCAGUGAUCAACUUGAAGGGGGUUGAAAUGCAUGCCAACAGUUAAGACAUCACUGCUAGAAACAUAUUGACUUGUUCUAUUGCUCUGGACAAACCCAUCAUAAUACUGAAGCUGUUGGAAUUCUUAGUUGCAGGGGGACCAAUCUAUUUUGCCAGGAGUGGGAAUGGGUUUGUCCUCUCUUCUUUAGGUCAACCAAUCAUGGUAACUGAUGAAAUACUGCAUGUCCUACAUAUAAAUUAUUUCGAUGAUAUGUAAAUCUAUUUUUAUUAUGUUUUAUAUUGUGACAUACAAUUUAUUUUAGUUUUUGCAGUAAUUCUAUUAUUACAGUACCUGUUGAAAGUUUGGACACAUCUACUAAUUCCAGAGUUUCUUUUUACUUUUUUCUACAUUGUAGAAUAAUAAUGAAGAUAAACUAUGAAAUAACACAUAUGGAAUCAUGUAGUAACCAAAAUAUAUUUCAAAUUCUUCAAAGUAGCCACACUUUGCCUUGACAGAUUUAGCACACUCUUGGCAUUCUCUCAACCAGCUUCAUGAGGUAGUCACCUGAAAUGCAUUUCAAUUUAAUUUGUGGAAUUUCUUUAAUGCUUAGAGCCAAUCAGUUGUGUUGUGACAGGGUAGGAGUGGUAUACAGAAGAUACCCCUAUUUGGUAAAAGACCAAGUCCAUAUUCUGGCAAGAACAGCUCAAAUAAGCAAAGAGAAAUGACAGCAUUACUUUAAGACAUUACAUUUCAAAUGUUUUAUUUCAAGAACUUAUAAAGUUUCUUCAAGUGCAGUUGCAAAAACCAUCACGCGCUAUGAUGAAACUGGCUCUCAUGGAAACUACCACAGGAAAGGAAGAAUCAGAGUUUCCUCUGCUGCAGAGGAUAAGUUCAUUAGAGUUAACUGCACCUCAGAUUGCAGCCCAAGUAACAGAGACAUCUCAACAUUAACUGUUCAGAGGAGACUGUGUGAAUCAGGCCUUCAUGGUCGAAUUGCUGCAAAGAAACCACUACUAAAGGACACCCAUAAGAGGAAGAGACUUGCGUGGGCCAAGAAACACGAGCAAGGGACAUUAGACCGCUGUAAAUCUGUCCUUUGGUCGGAUGAGUCCAAAUUUGAGAUUUUUGUUUCCAACCACCGUGUCUUUGAGACGCAGAGUAGGUGAACGGAUUAUCUCCGCAUGUGUUGUUCCCACCGUGAAUCAUGGAGGAGGGGGGCUUUACUGGUGACACUGUCUAUGAUUAAUUUAGAAUUCAAGUCACACUUAACCAGCAUAGCUACCACAGCAUUCUGCGGCGAUACACAACCCAUCAGGUUUGCCCUUAGUGGGACUAUCAUUUGUGUUUCAACAGGACAGUGACCCAAAACACACCUCCAGGCUGUGUAAGGGAUAUUUGACCAAGGAGAGUGAUGGAGUGCUGCAUCAGAUGACCUGACCUCCACAAUUCCCUGACCUCAACCCAAUUGAGAUGGUUUGGGAUGAGUUGGACUGCAGAGUGAAGGAAAAGCAGCCAACAAAUCCUCAGCAUAUGUGGGAACUCAAAAAGCUGGUUGAGAGAAUGCCAAGAGUGUGCAACGCUGUCAUCAAGGCAAAGGGUGGCUACUUAAACUAAUCAAAAUAUAUUUGAGAUUCGAACACUUUGUUUUGGUUACUACAUGAUUCAGUAUGUGUUAUUUCAUAGUUUUGAUGUCUUCUACUAUUCUACAAUGUCGAAAAUAGGAAAAAUAAAGAAAAACCCUUGAAUGAGUAGGUGUGUCCAAACUUUUGAAUGGUACUUACUGUAUGUGACUUAUUGCCCAUACAGGAGAUGAGUUGCCAAAUUGUUACAGUUGAAGCGCUUAUUCAAAAGAUAUGUCUAUUUUAGCUCACAGGAAGUUGCUCAAGCACAACUCACUGAUCUGAUGCUGACUACCUACAGCAGAAAUGUUCUCACAAGGUUGCAUUGGCAAUGUUCUGUUGCCAAGUUGAAACGAUGAUGAUAAUAAAGUGAUGUGUUCAACCACCUGUUCUGGUUACAGUAUGCUGUAUCCACUUGGAGUCAGUGUACCCUGGGGUGUAGUUUCUCCCCCUGAGCACCUUUUUUCUUCCUCUAACAGUCUUCCUUUCUCUCAGUAGGAAUAUUUUUAUUUUCUGCUUUUUGUAUGAUGCCCCUGGAUAUGUCAUUGUCACAGACCACCUGUGGUUAUUAUUCAACUUUUAUUGACACUGUUUGUGUCAGUAAAUUUCUAGAGAUAUGGUUUGGUGCUGAACUGUUCUAAGUUGCUGUCCAUGCUCUUUUCUCUGACUGCUUGCAGACAAAUGACUAGCAACACUAUUACUUAACUAAAGAAGUUGUCAAUAAAAACCCUUUUCCUUAUUGCGUUUCAGUUACUGAAUAGAACACGUUACAAUGAAAUGUCAGUAAAGUAUUACUGCUGCACAAUAUAUUUUCCAAGAGCAAAAACAUAUAAGAAUCUCAAUGGUUGACUGAUUCAUUUAUUUCCCCAUACAAAUGUAUGAACACAGCUAGCAAAGGUCAAACUUCUGUGUAAACACCUGGUGUUAACUGAUGGAAAUAAUACGAUUUCUACCUUAUGUAUUGAACUUCCUACAAAUGGUUGAAUUAAACAUUCGGUAAUACUU